AUGGAACCAGUUGAUAUUUUGCUUCUUGAAGGAGACCCUGAGUCAGGAUUCCGCACCAAAAAUGUACCAGGAGAAACUGCCCGCAGCGUUCUCAUCGAUCGUGGUGAAGCGCUCGUCUUACGAGCUGCUCUAGUCAACGUUACACAUGGCAAUUUUACACCGGCUGAAGAUGCGGCAUCGUUGCUCAUCUUCCAUUUCAGCUUUAUAGCGGUCAACAGCUCGCAUAGGUUCACCAGCGGUCAGAUCAAGCUCGUCUUUAACGACGAAAGUGGCGAUGAUAGGAACCGCCCCGAGGUCUUUGCCAUUGCGCCGCAAGGCAAAUUCGCCAUCAAUAAGGCCGUAUCCACGAAAGACGUCAAACAGUCACUCACAGCUAGUCUUAAAGGAGAGUUCACGGGAGUUGGCGGAGAGCUUGGGUACACUACGCAAGUGCAGAGCACGGAACAUGCGACUACGUUAACGGGCUCCAAGCGCCUCUUGGAAACUGGCUGGGGCAAGGGCAACAGCGCCAUAUGGACCCUGGCGGAAGAUCCCAAACUGAAGCAAGGAAUACCGAGCUUCCUCCGGACGGCAGUACUGCUCCGCCGAAGGGAUGAAGUUCCGUUCAGCUUUAAUAUCACGGUUAAUACCGAUGUUGACAUCGGUAGCAGGCUCCGGCAGCUAAUAGGCCGCGAAAGGCCAGAUCCGAUAGAUCCCGUCCAGCUGGCAGAGAGCACAGAUCUCGACAAACUGGGGAUAACAAGUCUCAAUCCAGGAGUGGUUGAUCUCACAAACAUGAAGCAAAUUGAUCUCGAGAAGCAUGCCAACAUUGUGGUAGCGACGCUGCUCGAUGUCCCAGCCUGAUCUUGGCAACAAAUGAAACCUUGAGAUACUUUAAGAUUAAAUAACAGAAGAAUCUACUAUACAGAGCUUUACUAGUUCAACCGUAUAUAUUUGUCCAAACCGUACUCCAGUCAUAAGGCUAAUAAAGCCAACUUGGCCUUCUUAGCCUCUGGAAUAUUUCGACAGCAGAGUGUCACGCCCAAGCCUUCAUAGUAUCGAUACUGCGCCCGUAGGAGUAGGCAGAUAUCAGACUAUCCUUAGAUACUAGUUAGAAGGAAGUUAUAAUAAAAUCGACACGAC